AUGUCUGCUCGCGAAAAAAGAUCAGGGGACGCUGAAUCAACCCCCGUCACCGUCGCGGAUGGUGUUCAUACCCAUGGCGUUUUGAACCAGCAUCCCAAUGCAUCUCCCUCGGCAGUGGCCGGCGAAGUCGCCAAUGGCUCUAGCGCUGGAUCCAAGGCAGACCUCUCCUUCCGUGUAGGGAUCUCAGAGGAUUCCAACAAGCGAUGGCGAAGAGCAAUGGAAGACGCACAUGCAUUCGUCUACGACUUUGCAGGCGUGCAUGGACAAGGCUUCUUUGGUAUCUUUGACGGACACGCAGGAAAGGACGCUGCCGAGUGGUGCGGUCAGAACUUCCAUAAGUCUCUCCUCAAGACACUUGAGCUCAAUCCAGACAAACCCGUACCAGAUUCGCUCAACUUGACAUUCCACAGCGUCGACAGGGAGCUCGCGAAUCUUGCAAGUCAGCAAGGCUCAUCCAGCGGAUGCACGGCAGCUAUCGCUUUUCUGAGAUUGGAGGAUGAGUCCGGUCAACCUCUCAAAGUGGGCGGACGGGCAAGUACUGGGCCGGACGGCCAUGCUCAUGAAGAAGCGACCCGUCCAGAGCAUUCGAGCGAGCGUACAUCCGGCGAUGGUCUUUGGGGCAAGCUAUCAAAACGCUUUGAUUCAUCAGACCCCAAGAACGAGCGCAACUCAUCGCCAUCGUCUAGGAGAGUGCUCUACACAGCCAACGUUGGAGACGCGAGGGCAGUUCUCUGUCGUGGCGGUAAAGCGAUCCGCCUCACUUACGAUCACAAGGGCUCGGACGCACAGGAAGCAAAGCGAAUCACGGACGCUGGCGGAUUUGUGAUGAAUGCCCGCGUCAACGGCGUCCUUGCUGUCACACGAUCAUUGGGGGACUCAGCGAUGAAAGAAUUCGUCGUAGGAUCGCCAUAUACAACAGAGACUGUUCUCGGCAACGAAGACAGCUUCCUUAUCAUUGCCUGUGAUGGACUUUGGGAUGUAAUCGAGGAUCAAGAGGCGGUUGACCUGGUUCGUGAUGUACAAGAUCCGCAAGUCGCCUCGCAGGAGCUGUUGAAACACGCACUCAACGAGUUCAGCACGGACAACACUUCGGUCAUGGUCGUUCGUUUUGCCUCACCGUCUUAA